GUUCAGAGCUCUGUUGUUGUGCAGAGAGCUGCAGAAGGGCCUGCCGAGCCAACCGCUGUGCCGAGAUACAGACAGAAAGAGAGAGAGAGAGAGAGAGCGACAGAGAGAGAGAGCGAAAGAGAAGGAGGAAGAAGAGGUAGCAGCAGGCAGACAGUGUAGACAGUGCGAGGGAGCUCCAGGCUUCAUUUCAGGGGUGAGCAGAGGACAAUAGUGUCAACAGAAUGAAAGAAUUUAUCCUCUAAGCCUGAAAAGAAAGUGAAAGGAGAGGCAGAGGAAAGGAAGGAAGGAAGGAAGGAGAAAAGGAGGGAGGAAUCGAGGUGAGGAGGGGCUCCUCACGGUGUCGGAGUCUGCUCAAACCCUGCAAGAUUUCAUCUCCCCUCCAUUCUGUUAUUCGAGCUACGUUUCAUCGUUUGCCCUCCAUCCUUUCUUUCUGCACGGUGGAAGAGAGGAGCGGAGGAGGACGAGGCAGCCCUCCUCCCUUGUCUCAGUGGAGCAGCACAGAAAGGAGAUGAGAAGAGUGAGACUCUGAACGAGGAGAGGCAGAUACACACAGAGUGUUUAAUUCAUUUCUGGUCGCCUCUGUCGUUCCUCCGGGAGCGAGCGGCUCGAAGCCUCUGCUCAUGUCCGUCAACUCGGAAAAAUCAUCGUCCCCGGAAAGGCCCGAGACACAGCAGAAAGUUCCGUCCGCUCCUCCUCCCCCUCCUCCUCCUCCUCCACCUCCUCCACCACCCCAACCCGAGCCAGUCGCUCCUCCAGAACCAGAGGAAGAGAUUUUGGGCUCAGAUGAUGAGGAACAGGAGGAUCCGGCUGACUACUGCAAAGGAGGGUACCAUCCAGUGAAGAUAGGGGAUCUGUUCAAUGGGAGGUACCAUGUGAUCAGAAAGCUAGGCUGGGGUCACUUCUCUACUGUCUGGCUGUGUUGGGAUAUCCAAGGGAAGCGCUUUGUGGCGAUGAAGGUGGUGAAGAGCGCUCAGCACUACACAGAGACGGCACUAGACGAGAUCAAACUGCUCCGAUGUGUGCGUGAGAGCGACCCUACUGACCCCAACAAAGACAUGGUGGUUCAGCUCAUCGAUGACUUCAAGAUCUCUGGGAUAAACGGGAUCCAUGUGUGUAUGGUGUUUGAAGUCCUUGGACACCAUCUACUGAAAUGGAUCAUCAAGUCGAACUAUCAGGGCCUGCCUUUACCGUGUGUCAAGAGCAUCAUUAAACAGGUCCUGCAGGGUCUGGAUUACCUCCACACUAAGUGCAAGAUCAUUCACACAGACAUCAAACCAGAAAACAUCCUCAUGUGUGUGGACGAUGCCUUCGUCAGGCGAAUGGCGGUCGAAGCCACCGAGUGGCAGAAAGCUGGAGCGCCUCCUCCCUCUGGAUCUGCGGUCAGCACAGCACCGCAACUCAAGCAGGUGGGGAAGAUCUCCAAGAACAAAAAGAAGAAGCUGAAAAAGAAGCAAAAGCGACAGGCGGAGCUGCUGGAGAGACGCAUGCUGGAGAUAGAGGCGCUGGAGAGGGAGGCCGAGAAACAGAAAGCCAACGAAGGGAUAAACGCUCCGCCGGGACCCGCGCUAGCGCUCGCGGAGAGUGAAGACGAGGAUGACGAAGAUGAUGACAUAGAGGAAGAAGAGGAAGGAGAGGGAGACAGGGAUCAGCCUGUUAGAUUAACCAACCACACAUGUGCAGCUCCACAACAGCAGGAAGAUGGAGAGGACUGUGAAGUGCCUCCCAAAACAGACUUACCUGUCGUCGAAGAUCCCUCAGCGGACACAGAGAACAGCGCACCGCCACACGAAGACAGCAACCACCCUGCAAAUGACGAGGAAGAGGAUGAGGAGGAAGAAGAAGAAUCCGAAGAAGACGCGGAAGAGCGGGACAAAGUGACAGGACGGGACACGACCGAAGCAGGUCUGGAAGAAUCGAAAGAAGAAGUAGACAGGCUCGAACCUGUAUCUUCUGACGAGAAGCCGGAACCAAAGACAGAUGAGUGUGUGAAGGAGGAGCAGCCUGAGCUGCCAAAAGAAGAAGGAGAAAGAAGAGAAGAGGAAGGCGACGAGGAAGACGAAGAUGAUGACGAGAGUGACGACGACGACGACGACGAUGAAGCGGAGGAUGAACCCCAGGAGCUUAGGAACUCCACGGAGACCCACAACAACACCUUAAAAACCAACGGUCAUGCGGUGGUGGACGCAAAUCAUCCAUCAGAUGUUGUGCCCAUCGUGCCCUCACCCACACCUCUGCUGUGCCCGCUGGUGGAGUCAGAGCUCAGCGCCACUGACCGGGACGCCUCUGAUGCGUCUUAUGAGCUAUUCAACGGAGAGACGGCGGCACUCAGGAAUGGCGGCAGACACCGAGCCACAGCACCGCGCUUUCCCGAGCUCCCUCUGGACCCUGACGUGGACGAGUGCGAGCCUGAGGAAGGAGAGACGAACCUGAACCCCGAUGCCGAGCGCAGUCGCACCGUCUCGUCCUCCAGCACCGGAGACACUCCUAAAGCUAAAUCACGAGCAGCCGACCUGCUGGUGAAUCCUCUCGACCCUCGCAACGCCGACGUGCUCCGGGUGAAGAUAGCGGACCUGGGCAACGCCUGCUGGGUGCACAAACACUUCACAGAAGACAUCCAGACACGGCAGUACCGCUCUAUCGAGGUUCUAAUCGGUGCUGGUUACAGCACUCCUGCAGACAUCUGGAGCACCGCCUGUAUGGCGUUCGAGUUGGCGACAGGAGACUAUCUGUUUGAGCCGCAUUCGGGGGAAGACUACUCACGUGACGAAGAUCACAUAGCCCACAUCAUAGAGCUCUUGGGCUGUAUUCCACGCCACUUUGCUCUGUCUGGAAAAUAUUCUCGGGAGUUCUUCAACCGGAGAGACCACAUCGCUCUGAUUACGGAGCUGCUGGGGAAUGUCCCACGUAAAGUCGUCACCGCAGGGAAAUACAGCAGUGAGUUCUUCUCUAAGAAAGGCGAGUUGCGGCACAUCACUAAACUCAAGCCGUGGUCUCUGUUCGACGUCCUGGUGGAGAAGUACGGCUGGUUGGCCGAGGACGCCGCCCACUUCACAAACUUCCUGUUGCCCAUGCUGGAGAUGGUUCCAGAAAAACGCGCCUCGGCGAGAGACUGCCUCAAUCAUCCCUGGCUGAACUCGUAGCACCUUCACACCUCUAGCUCUUUUCCCCUAGUGGCAGGCUUCAGGACUGCACCCUGCUCUCAGUCUGGGGGAGAGAAAGAGGUCGAGAGAGACCAAGAGAGAGAGAGAGAGAGAGAUAGAGAGAGAGAUAGAGAGAGACGGAGAGAGUGAAUAGGGGGAAGGAAGGUGUAUGUGGACUAAUGUAAGUCUGGACCAUGCUGGAGUGGAAAUGUGCAUUCAAUAUACACUCUGUUUUACACACACACACACACACACACACACACACACACACACACACACACUAACUAAAAAAAAUAACAUGAGAAGGAAUAUGUGAUAAAAAAAAAAAAAACAGUGGAGUGAAACUAAUUACCCUUUAGCUCCAGAGUCCCCGGGUUCGAUCUUUGACUCGGGUUACUGUCUGUGUGAAGAUCCACUUUCUCACGAUGUCCGCAUGGGUUUCCUCAGAGUUUUCCGGUUUCCUUCUUCACACCACUAGGUGGAUUGGCGAUAAUCAGAUCUGAAUCCCAUCAAGAGUGUUCCAGCCUCACACCCAGUGAAACAGGCUCUGGCUCCAUCGUGACCCUCAGUCGAUUAAGCUACACGAUACCCGAUCACACGAUUAAAGGCUACGGCCCAAUCGGCAUCCUUAAAGUUUGGGCUAAAAGAAAGCACCAAAAUGUCCUUGAACCAGAGUCAAAAAGAAGCAACGGUUUUCUUGCCUCGAUACUCGAGCGUUCAAAGUCCGAUCUGCUCCAAACACAUCAAGGAACCUCGACCGUCGUAGUCACUGUGAGCUGCAGGACGGAAUAUGGUGUAUGUAUGUAUGUGUCAGUGCUACUGCUAUAACCUUUUCUGAUGGAAGUAGUCCACCAUUUCUCACACCUCUCUCUCUCUCAGCCUCUGUCCCCCCCUUACAGAGACAGAGCCCCCUGAGCCAAGGUUCUGCCACAGAACUGUUUACAGCCCUCCUUCAAGCCCAAACCUCUACUAUCACCUCCAACGCCACUGUUCGUGCCCCUGCAGACACACACACAGGAGACUCCAAACACAGAGUAUACAGACUGUGGCGUACAGAGUACGAAACGAACAGAAGAGCCAUCUACCGACUGCUUCGUGUCACUCCUGUGGUUUUUCUCCGAGCUGGCGAAAACGUGUGCGCGUUUGACUCGUGUCGAGAGACUUUUACUUCGUCUGUUUCAUUCAUUCUGCUGUUUUUGAAAAACUGCUCGAAGCCUCGACAUGGACGGGUCUUGUGGGAACCACGUACUGUAAACACACGCUCUCUAAAGCAUUCCACAACCGCUCCUAACACACACACACACACACACACACACACGCACACACACACACACGCUUUCUUCCAUUCAAAAACAUCAACUUAUUUUCCUUCCGCAGCCCCAUCACAAGACCAUAAGAUUACCGCCCCAAAUCAGUCCGGUUCUGUUCGAGGUGUAAAAAAAAAAAAAAAAACACACAAGCCCGAGGUUGCGCUUGCGUCGCAUUUGUUCAGGGAUCACGAUCAGUGUAAAGAGCGCAAACGGACGCUCUAACGAACCUACUGACGUCAUCGCCGCCGCGAAACAGAAACACGGCUCAAGGCUGAGACGGAGGGGCCUCGUGGAACGGAGUUCUACGCUGAAGUGUGUGUGUGUGUGUGUGUGUGUGUGUGAGAAAAGGACACACAACCCCACCCGCUCCAGCUCGCGCCCAGUACCACCGGCCCUCUUCCACCCUCCCGCUCCAUCUCAUCACCUAUUUUCGCAAUAAAAAAAAAAAAGUAUAAGUAGAUGGUGAAGUAUUUUUAAAAACAAUAUUUAAAAAGAAAAAAAAAAGGACUUCUGAUCGUCGUGACGGUGACCGGAUAUCGUCUUAUUAUUGAGGUGAUUGUGUUUUUGUCUGUUUAGAGAUGUAUUGAUUUUUUUUUUUGUAAUUACGAUCAUUAUAAAUUACUGUUAUUGCCAUUCACGAUUUUAUUUUAUUUACAUUUGGUUGUCAUCCCCCCCCCCCCGUUAGAGUGAACAGUGCUGCUCUGUAUGGACUAGUGUGAUGCUGAUCACGUUUGAUCAAACAGUUUUGCAAUAAUAGUGAAUUUUUGCACCAAAAGCUCAUGAUCUCUCACCUUAGCCAUCCUGACUGUUCUUCCCGACGUCCACGGUUACAUCUCGUCUGUUUUUCCAUCGACAGAUUUAAUAAAAUUAUAUAUUAAUGGCUCA